UUCGUGUUAAUGUUUACAUUUUUCGUGCCGAUCACCUAAUAAUUUUUGAUUCAAAAAAUAAAUAAAUUUCUUUCAAAAGUUCUUUCCAAUCAAAUGAAAAAUGAAUAUUGUUUGGAGAAUAGUGCAACUGAACGUCAGCCUUAGGUCUCCCGCAUGGCACGUAGCUCAACGUAAUUUGCUGCCAGCGGUAAGUAAUGGUCCCCUGAUAUCUUCCCUGCAACACUAUUCUUCAAAGGGGCCUCGAGAGGGCGUUAAAGGAACACCGUCGAGUCCUAAUCGUCCCCAUCAACCUGCUGGAGCAAAGGUGAAGCAACCUGGACCGCCGAAGAUAACUCUCAUAUCACCCGAUCAGUCGAUUGCGAUUAUUAGUUUAGAUGAGGCGCAAAAGAUUUCCAAAAGAAGGGAUCUGAAGCUGGUCAAGAUCGUUGACUUGGACAUUAAAACCCAAAGACCAAUUUACAAGCUUAUGACUAGCGCUGAAUAUUUGAGCGAAGAUCUUAAAAGACGGGAGGAAAAGAAACGCAUUAAGCAAGAAGCAACUAUCAAGGGGGACAAACUGCUUACCAUCAGCGCCAAAAUCACGGAGCACGAUUUAGGGUCCAAAGUCCAGAACGUACUCAAGUGGCUCAAGAAGAGCUACGAAGUGAGGAUCAUAAUUUCUGGUGAUGGUGACAAGUCAAAGCAAGAGUCAGUAGCUGCUCAGUUGGAAACAAGUACAAAAGAAAUGGGAAAAGUUGUUCAAAAACGAUUUCGGGAUAACGAUUUGAGGUUCAGCAUCUUACCGACCACUAGCAUCGCUGCGGAUAAGAGUGAACCACCCAAGAGUAUACCGGUACCGGAGAAACUGAAACCGGAGGAUGGUUCUGGCGGAAAGCAGCCAACGUCGAUCGGUGGUGGUCAACAGCAAGCAGUGCGAGCAUUCCACACAGGACGGACACUAGAAGCUUGACAAUCAAAGAAUCGCCAGGAUAGUGUAACUGGUGGGGAACGCUCUCAGAACCAACCACCAGUGGCUUUGUGGAAGCCGAUUGGCCUUGUCGGAGUCUUCCUGGUAGUGAAAUAUGCAGCAUGGUCAUACCUUAUGCGGGAUUCAAAAAAGAAAUGAAAUUGUUAGGUAAUUUUUUUAUUAAUUUAUGCAAUAAAAGAGUUCUAGAAAUUAUUUUAUAACUUUUAAAGUUAUUCUUGUUA